UCAUAACGAUCAUGCCCGACCAGCCCACCCACUCCCACGACUGCUGCUCGCACGAGAUCCCAGCCCCCGGGGCCGUCGCCAAGCGCGACGAGAUCUUCAAGCCCGAGGCGCAAGAGACGAUCAAGAACACCAUCGAGGCGCACCGCGACGAGCUGGUGGCCAUCUCGCAGUACCUCAACGAGAACCCCGAGCUCGCAUGGAAGGAGGUCAAGUCUCACGCCAAGCUCACGAGCUACCUCGAGAGCCAGGGCUUCGAGGUCACCAACAUUGCCGACUACCCCACCGCCUUCCGCGCAGCCUACACCCACGGCAAGGGCGGCCGCGUGUUCGGCCUGAACAGCGAGUACGAUGCGCUGCCCGGUAUCGGACACGCAUGCGGGCACAACCUCAUCGCCAUCUGCGGUGUCGGCGCGCUGCUCGGCAUCCGCGAGGCGAUGAAGGUCCACAACAUUGAGGGAACCGUCGUCCUGAUCGGCACCCCGGCCGAGGAGGGCGCCGCGGGCAAGGUCAAGCUCCUCGAGGCGGGCGCGUACAACGACCUCGGCGCGUGCAUGAUGCUCCACCCCGGUCGCGGCCCGGGCGACGCGUCGGGCGGCGCGGUUGUCCGCUCCCUCGCCAUCCAGCACAUCAAGGUCGAGUACUUUGGCAAGCCGGCGCACGCCGGCCUCGCGCCAUGGGAGGGCGUUAAUGCGCUCGACGCCGCCGUGAUGGCCUACUCGAGCAUCGGGGUGAUGCGGCAGCAGAUCAAGCCCGAGAGCCGCAUCCAGGGCGUUAUCACCGAAGGCGGUGGCCGCGCGGCCAACGUGAUCCCCGCGCACACCGAGCUCAACUACCUCAUCCGCGCGCCGACGGCCCUCGACCUCGGCAUCAUCCGCGAGAAGAUGCUCAACUGCUUUGAGGGCGCUGCGGUGGCCACGGGCUGCACGCACACUGCUGAGCUUGGCCCCGAGAUGACCGAGCUGCGUAAUGAGAAGACCUUGGCCACCGAGUACGCGCACGUCAUGGGCCAGCUGUGGCACAUUCCCGUGCAGGUCGCGCUUGGGGAGAGCAUGGGCGCGAGCACAGACUUUGGCAACGUCACGCACUUCAUGCCUGCCUGCCACCCCAUGUAUGGCAUCCCUGCGCCCGGUGGCAACCACACCCCCGAGUUCACGGCCGCGGCAGUCACCCCGCGUGCGCACGACGAGAGCAUCAAGGCCAUGACGGCCAUGGCUUGUGUGGGCAUGCGCUACCUCGCCGACGGCGAGUUUGCAGACAGUGUCGCGGCCGGGUUCGAGGACGUCAAGAAGCAGCUUGCGGACGAGCAGGCGGCUGCUGGAAAGGUGUAAUAGAGUCAAUACAAGUAGUAAAACGUCUGCUGCAAUGUGUCAUGUGG